UUCCCUUAAUUAAAAAUGCAAUAUUUUUUUCAAGGGCUCAGUGAAAUAGAAGAUUUACGACAACGAUAUAGUCACCUGGAGGAGCUCUAUAGAGACGCUGUUAAGGAAAGAGACCAAGCGAUCGAGGAGAGGAACAAAGCCACUGUGCUUAUUGCUCUUCAGUUACAAAGCGAGACCGAAGAACUGAACAAGCGGAUUGAGACACUGCAAAUUCAAAACAGGAAGUUGGACGAGGAGAAUGAAGAUCUAAAAAUAAGACUUGGUUAUGCCAAGGCUGACCUGAACAAGUUGCAGCAAACGCACAUAAAACUACAAAUUGAACAAGAACGAUGUUUGCAAGAGAAAGAGGACGCGUUGGCUCAAGUUAAAGAAUUUGAGAAUUUCAGGAAUAAAAGCCAGAUUGUUGAAGUAGUUGAUAACCAAGGUGAAGCGAAAAUGACAAGUGAACAAGAGGAUCCCGCUUACAGCAAUGUCAGGGACGAGAUUUUCACAUCAGGUGCGGAUGAAAAUCUGGAACUGGAACCCAAACCACCCGUGACACUAAAGAAGUCCGGUCUGGACGAUGUCUAUAAUGUCCAUGAGGAGAUCGGAAAAGGAAAGUUUGGUGUAGUGAAGAGAGUUACAGAACGUUCUUCAAAGACCACGUUUGCCGCCAAACAAAUCCGGCUCAGUACGGCUGGCAGCGGUUCAUCGCGAGAUGACAUCGUGCGUGAAAUUGAUAUCAUGAACAAGCUACACCACAAGAGGCUUGUGGGAUUGAUUGAUGCGUUUGAAACGUCCAGGAAUAUCGUCAUGAUAAUGGAAUUUGUGUCCGGGGGUGAGCUGUUUGAAAGAGUGGCGGAUGCUGAUUGCUUGACGGAGAGGGAAGCUUCUUUUUACAUGUAUCAAUUACUGCAGGGUCUUCAAUACAUGCACACCAAGAAUAUUGUACAUCUAGAUCUAAAGCCUGAAAAUAUCGUAUGCGUAAGCAAGAACAGCUGGGAUAUCAAACUUAUCGACUUUGGCUUAGCACAGGAGCUCGUGCCGGGGGUCAGAAUGACUGCUCUCAAGGGAACCCCUGAAUUUAUGGCUCCAGAAGCGGUCAAUUUUGAGCCCAUUUCAUUGGCUACUGACAUGUGGAGCGUUGGUGUCAUAGCUUACAUCCUCCUCAGUGGGUUGUCGCCACUUCUGGGAGAGGAUAACAAUGAGACCCUAGCCAAUGUGACUGCCGUCGAGUGGGACUUUGAAGACGAGAGCUUUGACGUCAUUUCUGACGAAGCUAAAGAUUUCAUUGCUCAACUAAUGGUAAAAAGCCCCAGAAAAAGGAACACGGUUAUGCAAAGUUUGGAGCAUGAAUGGAUGAAGAAAAGUGCGUCAACAAACGCUAUCAAGAUAGACACCAAGAAGUUAAAACAAUUCUUAGCCAAACGAAGGUGGCAGAUUCCCUUCUUAAGCGAAUGUGCCAAUCAUCCAAAGAUGCUGACUGAGGAUGAAAUCCUCGAGAAAUCUGUUAACGCACUGAAAGCGGUCCGUCGAUUAUCCACCUUGUCGUCUCUCAUGAACCUCAAGAGUCGUCCCUCAAUUGCACCGUCAUUACCAACUCUUCCUUCUGCCAAGGAGGAUGUUGAAGAUGCAACUGGCUCUAAUGAAAUUCGUAAAGGAAAAGACGAGAAUGACGCUGGAGAAACAACAAACGAGGAAAACGUAUUAAAAGAAGAGAAUGAUGAGGAAAGACCAAAGGAACCACCGGUAUUCAGCAAAGAAUUAAGUGACCUCUCUAUCACAGAGGGAGAAACGGCUUCCUUUGAAGUUGUCAUCGAGAACGACACCAAUUGUCAGAUUCAUUGGUUAAAGCAUGGUGUAGAAGUAAUUGAGAACCAGCGGUUGAAGGUUGAACGUCAUGAUGAUGGACGUCAUUUGCUCCUCAUCGGGAAUAUAGCAGAUGAUGAUUGCGGAGAGUAUUCUUGCGUAGCUGAGAACGAGGCUGGAAAGGCGAUAAGUACAGGGACGAUUUCCAUACAACGGUCUUCCCUUUCGAAAAGCGACGAAACCGACGAGGAAGAUGAAGAAAUAGACAACUCUAUAGAAGUUCCAGUUUUCAAGAAAGAACUCCAUGACAUAACAGCAAGUGAACACGACAACGUUACUCUCGAGGUGAUUGUCAGUGGUGACUCGCCCUACGAACUGGAAUGGUUUAAAAAUGCCGUUGACAUAACUGAAAACGAUCGUGUUUCCGUGGUUAAACACGAAGACGGCCGAUUUACCCUUAACAUUCGGGAGUGUGAGGACGACGACACCGGAGAGUACUGUUGCGUAGCUCAGAAUGAGGCUGGAAGAGUCACGUGUGCAGGAUGGUUAACCGUUGAAGUGGAAAGCGUCUUGUCUGAGGAUGACGAAGAGACUGAGUCAGAGAGUGAAGAUGAAUUUGUACCAAAAGACUUUGUUGCGAUUAGGGAAGGCGAUGUACAAAAAUUCUACUGUAUCGAAGAAGAGGUUGGCAGGGGUCGUUUUGGGAUUGUUAAGAAGUGCGUCGAACUUGACACUGCAACGAGGUUCUGUGCUAAGUUAAUCAAAUCGCGACCCAGUCAAAAGGAGGAGUUUAAGCGCGAGAUUGACGUCAUGAAUACCCUUCACCAUCCUCGGAUAAUUAGACUCUACGAUGCGUUUGAAGAGCCCAGGCAGAUUAUCCUUAUAUUGGAGUAUUGCAGAGGAGGUGAUUUAUUCAAUCGUAUUGAUGGCGAUUCUCUUCCUGAGUUCGAAGCAGUAAAAAUCCUCAAACAAGUUUUGGAGGCUGUCAAGUACAUGCACGACCUUGGUUUCAUGCAUUUAGACUUAAAGCCACAGAACGUGAUGUUUAAAAAUGAAGGCGGUUUAAAGAUAAAAUUGAUCGAUUUCAGUCUAACAAAGAAGUUUGAUCCUGAGCAAGAAACAAAGAUAUCGUUCGGAACUGCUGAAUACGUUGCUCCAGAAAUUGUAAACUACGAGCCUGUAACCUUAGCAGCAGACAUGUGGGCGAUUGGUGUUAUUGCUUAUAUUAUGUUGAGUGGCGAAUCUCCGUUUCUUUGUGAGAGUGAGGCGGACACUUUCUCGCACAUUACCGAUGCACGCUGGGAAUUUACAGACGUGUUUGAUUACGUCAGCAAGGAGGCCAAGGACUUCAUAACGAGGCUACUUCUCAAAGAUCCAAAAAAAAGAAUGAAAGUAGACGAGUGUCUGGAGCAUGAGUGGAUCAAGUCACCAGGGUUUACUGGAAAACGGAAAAGCAAGAACUCCUCGGAGGGCGAGAUGACUAUUGACCAAAACUCAAACGUUACAUCGCCAACAGAACUGAUGAGACAAGAGAGCAGAAAGUCUGAGCUAGAAUUACCACUGGAUCCAAGGAAAUUAGAGUCUAAAGUUAAAUCACUGCUAUCAAAGUUACAAAACGCGGAAAAGGAAAACCAAGAAUUGGAAGAAAAACUCCGUGACGUGGAAGACCGCGCCGAUGCCCUGGAAGAUGAGCUUCACACAAGUCAGAGUUCUAGAAGGGUUCUGGAAGACAGGGUGUCAAAAUUGGAGGCUGAAAAGACAGAUCUUUCCAAGAAGGCAAAAACUAACAGUGAUGUUUUAAAAAGGGUAGCAGAAUCAGAGGGAGAUAAGAGAGCCCUGGAAGAUAAACUAUCCGAGCAAACUCAACAUUUAGAAAACUUAUCACAGAAAUACGACUCUCUCAAGGAAAAGAUUGAGAAUUACGAUAUUCUAGAAGAAAAGGUUUACCUUUUGGAACGGGAAAGGAAAGACCUCAGAGAUACAAAAAAGUCAUUAGAAGACAAAAUUGCACAUCUUCAGGUGGAAAAGGAGGAAUUAACAAAAAUGAACGAGACGAAUUCCUUGAUCAAUAGAGACCUUGACAAUGAGAUCGCAAAGCUUAAAGCGCACAGAGACGAGAAUGAAAACCAAUACCUUUGUUUGCGAACCGAGAAAGAGUCUUUGGUCGAGGAACUCACGAAGCGAUUCAAUAUUUUAGAUGAACAGAAAAAGUCUCUUAGCCAAGAUAAGAGUAACCUAGAGACAAAGUUAAGCGCAUUUGAAAUCGAAAACAAGAAUUUGAGGCUAAAACUUGACGACUUAACACAAGACAUAGAAUCUUUGAAAGAAGUUUCCAAGCAAAAUGAGCAGGGGAAAGAAAAAGAAGAACUAGAAAAAGAAUUGACGAAAAUUAAAAUACAAAAAGACGAAGCCAAGGAAACUUGUGAAGAAUUGACUUCAAAACUUAGCAAGGCAUACGCAGAAUUGAAACAGUUAAAUCCCGCAAAAAUGGGUGAUGUGACAGAAAAUCGCCAAGAAGAUAUUUCAGCUUUGAAGGAAAAGUUAUCUUCUCUGGAGGAGGAAAGGGAUAACCUGGAAGAUGAUCUCGAUGACAGGGAAGCUGAAAUUGUCGAAUUAAAAGGGAAAAUCGAGCAUCUUGAGGCAGAGAACAAGGACAGAAACAAAGACAUCAUGAAUUACAAGUCACAGUUAGAAGUAGCCAACGAGGAAAUUAGGUCCUGGAGAACGAGAAAGGAUGACACAAGCUCGGCGAUGCCUAAAGAAGACCAAGGAAACCUGAAUGAAAAAAUAAAGGAUUACGAAUCUAUGAUGAGUAAGCUGACGAAAGAAAUUUCUUCUUUACAAGGCAAACUUUCUGCAUCAGAACAGCUUAACAAAACUUUGGAGGAAAAGGUGAAAUCCAGCACACAGGAAAGUUUCCUCGAUCCUAAUAUGGAGGGCGAAAUCAUUGGAAGAAGUGAAAAUACACUAGAAUACGCGUCUAUGGAUUUCGAUUGCUUUGACACAGCUGACCAUAGUCCAAGUGAAGAUAGAAAUGGUCGAGACGAACGCAUUUCGCCUCAGGGAAGAAUCAACAAUGAGUUGAACAGAGAAGAAAAAAGCGAGAAGUUCGUCUUGUUGAAAAAAGAGUUCGAGAAAGUAAGGAGGAUUUCUGAGGAUGCUGAGACGAGGUUAGCGGAGGAAUUAAAGAAGAAUCAGAUUUUGGAAGAUGAGAUUGAAGAUUUUGAAGUAAGGGAAGAGAAAGGUCUGAGAUUGUACAGAGAGCUAAAGGAGGAAUGCAAUCGAUUGAGGGCACAGCUGAAUGACAGUGAAUCACCUGAGAACCAAGUUGAGGCUCGCUUGCGAGAAAAGCUAAAAAGUAAUGAAGAAGAAACUGAAGCUCUUCGCAAGCAACUCGAUUCGUUGAAAAAAGAACUACAAGGAAUCAAAGAAGAAAGAGAAAAGGGUGACACACUUUAUACUAACCUUUCUGAGAGAUACAGAAAUUUGUCGAAAGAGAAAAAGAUCUUGGAGCAGGAGAAACAUGAGCGCGAUGAGAGCCAAACGAAAUCGCGAGAGCUUGAGGACUCGUUGCAAACGCGAAUUCUUGAACUAACGAACAUGAAAGACGAGAUUGAGUCCAUGCGGGAAAAGCUGCGAUCGCUGGUACGAGAGAAGGAGGAAGGUAUAAAGGAAUUUUCGAUGCUUCAAAAAGACCUUGUCAAGGCAACAAAUGACCGCCGUCAACUCGAAAAACAAGUAAAGGACGAAAUAUUCCGCGCUGAAAAAAUGGAAAGAGACCGUUUCAUAUUACAAGGAAAGAUUGAGGAGAUGCAAAAAAGUCUGCAUAAACAAGAUUUGGUCGCGGCAGCUGAUAAAAAGGCGAUAGACGCCUACGUCGAUGAAAUUAGACUUCUUAAGGACGAAAAGGGCAACGCGGUUAAGGAAGUAGAUAGGCUGAGAAAGCACAGCAAAAAUUUGAUGCAUGAUCUAGAGAAAAUUUCAAAAGAAAGGGAAGACGUGGAAACUCUGAAAAUCUUCAAAGAGCAAGCGAUCAAAGAAAUCAAAACUUUGAAAGAUGAAAACCAACGCCUUAAUCAAAAGAGCGAAGAUGUCGACCGAAUAACAGCCGAUCUUAACACUCUCAGGGAGGAAAAAGCAAUUGGAUUGCAACAUCUGGGAAUUUUAGAAGAAGAAAGUGAGAUUGCUUCGAGAAAGAUUGCAGCACUAAAAAGUGAAAAUGAGCUUCUUCUUGAGAAAGCUAACCAGCUCGAAGAAUUGAAAGAAGCCUUUGAAACACUAAAAGAUGAUGCCGAAAGCCUACGAGAAAACAUCGAGGCUCUAAAACUCGAGAGAAAGGCCACAGAGAAAGAAAUUGAGGAUUUAAGAAAUACGAAUAAUCUUCACCUUGAAAAGAUUGUGGAAUAUGACAGAAUGCUGGAGGAUCUUGAAACAUUGAAAGAAGAGAAAGUAAUGGGACUAAAAGAGUUAAGUAGCUUGAGAGAGGAAAAUGCUGCUCUUUUGGAAGAGGUCAAGGUAACGGAUGAACUUAAGAGAGAAUGUGACCUCAUUAAAAGCGAGAAAGAGAGAACAUUUGAAGAAAAUAGGAUUUUGAUUGAGCGUAACGAAUCCUUAGUCAAAGAACAAGAAAGCGAUCAAAGAAUAAAAUUAGCAUUUAAGGAAGCGGAAGAUGAGGCCGAAAGGAUUUCCAAGGAAAAUGGAGUCUUGGCGGAAAAAUGCCAAACUCUAAGGAGCAAAAUUAAGGAGUUAACUUUGCUCAAUGAUAGUCAUUUGAUGGAGCUGAGCAGGUUGAAUCAUAAUUUGGGUGAAUCUAGGAAGGAAAAAGAAGCUCUUUCGGCUGAGCUUGAAUCUUUCCAUGUUAUCAAAAAAGAUCUCAAUGCCUCAUUGGAAAGCAAUCGGAGACUUAAUAAGGAAUUAAGAGAUCUCGAAGUCAACUUGGAAACUCAAGCUUUGGAAACGAUGAGAUUGAAAAAGGAAAUAAACGUCCUAAAGAAAAAGAAUGACGCUCUGACAACGGAAAUUGAACGCCUUCAAGGACAGAAUGCCAUCAUAGAAAAUCAAACCUCGAUAGCACUCUUGGAAGAUGGGGAAGAAUCAGAGCAGAUUUACGAACCGAAACCUAGCAAUGCUACAGACGUACGAAGAAAACUUGACGAAUUCACAACUUUUGAAGAAAUAGCAGGUAAAUACAACGUUGAAGAAGAAAAGCCUGGAAAUGUUAAACUUACAAAAUGUAACAAACGCAACGAAACAGAAGCCUUAAAACAAGAAGUGGAUUUCCUUCAGAAAGAAGUUGAAGACUUAAGUGAAGAUCACAAGGAACUUUUGCAGUCUUAUAACGCCUUGCAAAAAGAAUAUGAUAAUUCUAAAGAUAAAUUUGGCAUUCUUGAAAAGAGUUUGGAAAUAAAGUCCAGAGAAAUGAAAAGUAUGACCGAAGUAAGAGACCUUUUAGAAAACACGAAGAUUGAACUUGAAAACGAGCUGAAAGUUACAUCCCAAGAAAAGGUCCAAGUCAGCAGGGAACUAGAAACUUUAAAAGAAAAGUUUGAUUCUCAGUACCGCAGUCUGGAGAACGCCGAAAAGGAAAUUGGAAAUCUAUUUAAAGAAAAUGAGGAACUACAUCAAAAUCACAUCGAACUGGAGGAACGGUACGGACGUAUCAGGAAACUGAACAGAGAACUCGAGGAGGACAUUGAUAUCGAGACUGGAAAGCUCGUUGAGGCAAAAGAACGCAUUUCUGAACUCAAGAAAGAAAAUUCCCUUCUUCAACAAAUGAAUUUAAACCUGCAACACGAAAUUGAAAAACUGAAAGGAGUUCCCGAGUUAAGUGGUCAGGAACAGGGCGGAGUGGCCAAAAAGGUUAAACAUCUAGAGAAAAAGAUAAGUGUUGCUCAACUACAAAAAGGCGAUUUUGAAACUCGAUCUCACGGGGAGAAGAACAAAGCCCAGAACGCCACCGAAAAGAACAUGGUCAAGGUUUUGGGAGAUGAAACACGAAAGCCUCAAGGUUGGACAGAAAACGUAAGGGAAAAUAAACCACAGCAAAACCAGGGGGAAAGAACAGUAUGGACACUAGAACAAGAAAUAAAGAGCCUUCGUCCCAACAAAGAACGAGCUGAGGCCUUGGCUAAAGAAUUGGAUCAGGUUAAACAAAGACUUGACAACGAAAUAAAAAUUAGGGAAAGCAAAACUGAAGAGAGCAGCCAGAAGAAAAAAGAAAACGACUCCUUAAUUUACCAGCUUGAAAGCACCCGUCACAGAAUUGUUUCAAACGUGAUAAAUCCGUUGGAAGAAGCGAAACUCCCGUGGAAAUUUCACGUCACCGCCGCCGACAUAUCAGCGGGAAAAAGUAAAGCAUGGUCGAGCAUCAAGGAAAGUAUUGGAACCCUGAUAUGGGACCGAGAAAGAUUGGUAAAUGACAACAAGGUCUUAAAGCAAGAAAAUACCGAGCUGAAGCGCGAAUGCCAAGAACCAAUGAAAGGCAAAGAAAAAAUCAAGAAAUUUGAAGAAUUGGUCGGUAACCAUCCCACGGAUGAAGACAUCUUAUCCAAAAAGCAAGAAAUAAAGGCUAUUCACGAGACAAUAGCUUCUGAUAAGGACAAGUUGACACAACUUCAACAACAAAAAGAAGAUCUGCUUCUUAAAAUCGAGUUUAUGAAGCGAAUGCAAUCAACUGCUGGCCAAGAGAAAGAUCAACUGGCAGCUGGAAAGAGCCUUUUUACGUCGGAUGGGAGACUGGGGCCGAACUCUCACUCAAGGUUUAAGUUUCGUAGAUUUCAAUCUGUGGAGAGUAUUUCAAUCCUUAAAGAACGGGAUACCUUCGAAGAGAAGCAAGAUCCUGUUGAUUUUCCCACACAGACUCUCACCGUAAAAACGCAGUGGACUGGGAACGAGCGAAGCGAAAUCUCGACAGGCGAGGAGCAACUACAAGUUGCGCGACAAUUGGUAAAGAAAAAUCGAAGAAUAUUCGAAUUGGAGCAGGAAGUUGAUGUACUGCUGACCAAAAUCGAAGAAUCCUCACCCGGAAAUGCGGCAGUGGAAAGCUUUUCAUCAGACGUAGAAAAUUUCAAAGCGGAAAUUUUACGACUCGAGGGCGAGAACAAACGGCUGAAAGAACUUGCAAAUGAGCCAAUACUUGCGUCAUCACAAAAAAAUGGAAUCGUUAGAAGCCAUGAAUAACUUUCUAAAAAGCGAAAAAGAAGAGCUCAUUCUAGAAAUUUCUGCCAAGAAUAA